AUGUCGCCAAAACAACCAUCUUCAGAUGAGCAUUAUAAUGCACCAUGUGAAACCCGACAUGGUGUCGAAGCGAUUAUAGACACAACUGUGGAGCUUUUACCCCACGAGAUCCUGCAUCACCUCCGCGGUUUCCUGGAACAAAACCAUCGAUUAGCUAUACACACUCAGCAUUACAACUCGUUCGACGUAAAGGAGAUUCGAGACCUUGACAAGAAUCAGGCCUUGAGAUUCAGGAACAAGACAGUUCUCAUUUACGUCCUCAAGGGUGGUGGUAUCGGAGGACUAUGGGAGCUGGUUCUACACAACUAUCUCUAUCGGCGAUGGUUUCAACCCUAUCUCUCGGAUAUCGAUCAUGGCGAAUGUAUUGCUAUGGUAAUGAAGCCCAUUGAUCGGCCUCGAACAUCCAAUGAUGAUGAUGCCGUCAGUCAUGUUCUAGACGUGCACUCCACGAUCAACCGUCGGCUUGACUCGAUCGAACACGAAACACCGCCAUUUUAUACCACUCGUCCCCUUUUCAGGGCUUUCUUCAUAGCCAUACCAGGUUAG